UUAAAGUCCGUGAUGAGCCGGAGCAAGGGCUCUAUCAUAGAGCGGAGGCGGAGUGCGAAGGCGGGAAUUGCUUCCGGCGGUGGCGGUGCAGUUCAGAAAGCUCGUCGGGGAGUAGUAGUCGGUGGCGUGAUGGAGCACUAGAACGUCCGCCAUGUCUGAAUCUUCUUUGUUAGAAUGCAUAAUUUCAAACCACUUCGAAACUUCCUCCUAGUUUCAUCGAAGAACAUCGACUACAACCUACUGUGCAAUUCCGGCUUCACUGCAGGGCCAUAUAUACUGCCUCUACCAUCUCCAUCUUGUACCGAUUCCUGUGCCCGGCGGGGUUUCUGUCGAUACGCUGCGGGGAAAUUCUUCGGCAAUGAGUACGAGUGCGAUAUCGAGAACAAUAAGCUUCAAAACCAAGGCCUCGAUAUUCACCAAGAAGCCAAGCGCCACGUGCUUCCUGUUCAAGACGUGGUGUCGGGUGACAAAUGCGAAGGAAGAUUUGCUUAUGGUGACAACAACAAAAGCAAAUUCACAAAUGCUGGCAGCUCUUCAGAUAGCUCUCUACAAACCUUGUUAAUGAGGGGAGGACAUUCCCCUCCAAUAUACAAUACCAAGCAUCUUGCAACAGAUGAUUUUAGGCCACUUGUAGAAUUUAACGAUGUGCGAUUCAUCGAUAAGCUCAAGAUAAAUAAGCAGCUUGCAGAGAGGGAUGCUCGUAUAGACACUCCCAUCUGGUCGACAUACACCUCUGACAAUAAUGUGGACCAAGUGAGUAUUGUUGCAACCUUAGUGAUGAAUUGUACUCAUUUGUUAGAAUUGUCUCAAAUUCAUGCUCAUAUUUUAAGAACCAACAUGUUGGAAAACUACCCUUCUUCAUUUAGCUGGAACAACAUUAUUAGAUCAUAUACUAGACUGGAGGCCCCAAGAAAAGCCCUCUCUGUAUAUAUCGCCAUGUUACGAGCAGGCGUCUUCCCUGAUUCUUACACACUCCCAAUUGUAUUCAAGGCUCUAUCACUAGUUUAUGCUUUUGGUUUAGGAUUACAAUUGCAUUCAGUUGCUAUACGGCUUGGUCUUGAGUUUGACCAAUAUAGCGAAAGUGGCCUCAUCAGUCUGUAUUCGAAGUUAGGAGAUCUCGAGUGUGCACGUAAGGUGUUCGAGAAAAAUCAUCACAGAAAGUUGGGUUCUUGGAAUGCCAUUAUAGCUGGUUUAUCUCAAGGUGGGCGUGCGAAAGAGGCAGUCGAUAUGUUCAUUAAGUUAAGACGAAGCGGGCUCGAACCAGAUGAUGUCACAAUUGUUAGUGUAACAUCAGCUUGUGGCAGUCUAGGAGACCUAGAACUGUCUCUCCAAAUGCACAAAUUUGUUUUCCAAGUUAAAGUCAUAGGAAAAUCAGACAUUUUGAUGCUGAAUUCCCUCAUAGACAUGUAUGGAAAAUGUGGUAGGAUGGACUUAGCAUUGAAAGUAUUUUCGAACAUGGAUCAUAGAAAUGUAUCAUCCUGGACAUCUCUGAUUGUAGGUUAUGCAAUGCACGGACAGGUGAAACAAGCGCUCGAGAACUUCCGAUGCAUGAGAGAGGCAGGAGUUCCUCCUAAUAACGUUACGUUCAUCGGGGUGUUGAGCGCAUGUGUACACGGUGGGAUGGUCAAAGAGGGAAGACAUUACUUUGAAAUGAUGAAAUCUGUUUAUGGCUACAAGCCCCAGCUGCCACAUUAUGGAUGCAUGGUCGAUUUGCUCGGUAAAGCAGGGUUGCUAGAAGAGGCAAGAAGGAUGAUUGACGAGAUGCCGAUGAGGGCGAACUCGAUAAUAUGGGGAUGUUUGAUCGGGGCAUGUGAAAAACAUGGGAAUGUGGAGAUGGGGGAGUGGGCAGCAAAGCAUUUACAGGAAUUGGAGCCAUGGAAUGAUGGUGUGUAUGUGGUUCUUUCAAAUAUUUAUGCCUCUAAUGGGCUUUGGAAAGAGGUGCAUAAGGUGAGGGAGUUCAUGAAACAGAGGCAGCUCGCUAAAGUUCCUGGUUAUAGCUUGGCAACAAAAUUGGAUUGAAGUGUUUCUGUUGGAUUUUGGUCAUAAUUUUUUACUGUUCUUCAUA